CCCCGGCGCAUUCCUCCAGCUGCCCAAGACCAGCCGGGGCCCCGGCGCGUUCCUCGCCUGCGGGCCGUGGUCGAAAGCCAGGCCUUCAAGAACAUUCUGGUGGAUGAGAUGGAUCUGAUGCUGACGCGGGCAGCCACGCUCAUCCAGGCCAACUGGAGGGGCUACCAGCUGCGGCAGAAGCUGGUGUCACAGAUGACGGCGGCCAAGGCCAUCCAAGAGGCCUGGCGUCGCUUCCAUACACGGCGCCUGCUGCGCUCCAGCAGGGCGGCUCUGCGGAGAGCGGUCCGUGAGGAGGGCGACGCUGACAUCCCCUACCACGCGCCGCAGCAGGUCCGUUUCCAGCCACUGGUGGACGAGUGCUUGGGCUGCCAGCCCGUCAUGGUGAACAAGGAGACUCAGUGCCCCUCCACGAACAGCCUCGCCACCUGCACCCAGCAGUCCCCAGCGCCACUGGCACGGGCUUCUGGUGCCGGCAGAACCUGCAGCGUGGCCUUUCCACAGCCCACCCUGCCCACCAGGCUCACCUGCCCCCUCAAUCUUGAGCAGAAGUUCCAAACCAGCCUAUUGAGCAAGAUGGUGAGAAACACCUCCGUGGUCCAGCAGAUAGAGACGGAAGUGGUCAAGGCCAAGCCAGUGGCUGCCCGAGCCCCCCGAGGCCUAGAGCCCCCACCCUAUGGGAGGAGCAGCCAGGCUGUGCCCGGGGGACUCAGGGUCCAGACCCAGGCCCAGGUGGACGCCGAGUGCCUCAGGCCACCGCCCAGCCCAGCGGCUCCUGCCACUGCCACCAAACCCUUCCUCAAGGCGUAUUCCGGGAUUUCCACCAUCAGGCCCCCAGCCCAGGCAUGCCCAGUGCCCACCAGCAGGACACUGACACAGAAGUGUGCCAUGCCCACGCCGGGCACCGUGCCCACACCACCCCAGACGUGUUCUGCACCUGCCAUGCCCAGGCCCCCAGCCCACGCACACCUUGUGGUGUCUCUGACCAGCACCUCCACGCAAACACACUCACCGGGCUCCCUGCUCAAGGUACCUGCACCCAUGUGCCUACUGUCUUCCAUCAAGAUGCCUCCCCAGACUCACCCCACAGCUGCUGGGUCCAAGGCCCCCACCACACCGUGCCCGGGCCCUGGCCCAGUGAAGACCUCACCUCAGGUGCGCCUGGCGGUCGCCCCCACUCAGAGCCCAGCUGUGGGGCCGUCAAAGUCCUCCUCCCAGACCAGUCCGGCCGUCGCAGGGCCCCGGCCUGCACCCCAGGCACGCCUGGCUGCCAUGCUCACCAGGACCCCGGCCCACAUCCGCAACGUGGCUGCUGUGCUCAAGACACUGUGCCUCGUGCACCCUGCUGUGGGGACUCUGAAGACCCCACCACCAGCCACAGUCACCAGCGGGGGCCCCUGCACCCCCCAGCCUGUGAGUGCCCCCAAGGCCAAGACCACAGUGAGCGUGAAGCAGACCGCAGGUACUGUGCGGGUGUCCUCGCAAUCCUUCCUACUGGACAGGAAGGCCAGGGCCGGGCCCCAGCCACGCGUGAACACGGGGGCACCCAAGGGCCCAGCCAAGGCUCCCUUGGACACUGAGAAGAUGAAGAGCUGUGCCCCCAAACACCCAAAGCCGGAAAUGGUGUCCAAGUCCAGCAUGACACUGGCAAUGACCACGGCGUCGUCGUGGACAAAGGUGGCUGAAGGGAAGCCCAAGCCUGUGGUACAGACGCAGCAGAGGACUGAGGUCAUCCGGGUACAAUCCCGGCUGCUGAUGCCCAUGGAGGCCUCCAUGUCCCUGCCACUCACCAAGGCCACGGCCCAGACGCAGACGCCCACCAGACAAAGCAAAGCCAUGUUCCAGCCCCGGCUGGCCACAGCCCCACCGGCCACCCCUGCGCAGUCCCCGCCAGUCCCCUGUCUCUCCAAGGCUGCCUCGCCUGGCUCUGCAGCUGCUGAGCAGGCCAAGGCCCUGUGUCAGGCCCAGCUCACCUCCUGCCUGGGCCGGUCGCAUCCCGCUGCUGAUCUGACGAUGGUCCUGCCCAAUGCCUAUCCCACCGCCUGUCCACCGGCGGCACAACCCCAUCCCCAGCUGUCUGCAUGUCUCACCAAGACAGCGGCCCAUCUCCAUCCACCUGCCACGCAGACCCAGGUCCUGUCGCAGGCUCACCUGGCCACGCGCCUCAUCAAGGUCUCCUCCCAGCUGUACUCAUCCACCGAGCAGCGUCGGACCCCAUCCAGGCCCCACACAGCUGCCAGCCCCGCCAAGCCCUCCGAGGCAUGUGCACCAACCAAGCUGACCAAGGCCUCAUCGCUGGCUCACCUUGUCACAUGUCUGACCCAAGUGCAUUCCCAUGCCCGAGGACCGGCAGGGCUGGGCGGGGACAUGGCCAGGUGCAUCUACAGGGCCCGCCCGCCAUCCACACACCUCAGCAGCAAGGCCCAGUCCCAGCCCCUCCUGGCUGGGGCCAGCUCCAGGGUGUCCGCCCAGACCUGCCAGGACCUGGGGCCACUGGGUUCUGUGACCCGAAGCCAGUCGGAAGGCCGAGCAGCCCACGUCCUGCCGCAUAGCCAGGUGCCAGGCCCGUCGGUCCCAGGCCCCUGCCCGGCCAUCGCGGAGGCCGCAAGCAUGCUGGUGCCUCUGCUGGCCUCGGUGGGCUGCGCUUGCAACGUGGAAUCUUGGGGCGACGGGGAACCCAUGUCAGGCACACGGGCACCACCCAACCAGAUGCUUACCUGCCCUGAGGAUGUGGCCGCCUCCCAGACUGCCUCCCUGUGCGCCGAGCUGGCGGCCAUGCUGGGCUCCCAGGAGGACCUGCGCAGCCUGCUGGCCAGGGCGCUGUCACAGGGCGAGGUGCGGGCAGCCUUGAACCAGGCACUUGGUGCCACCGUGGCCAAGGCCCUCCCUCACAGCAUGCUGAGCACGGCCCUGACCAAGGCAUUAUCUUGGGGCGAGCUGGGGGUCACCCUGACCCGCGCGCUGUCCCGGGGGGAGCUGCGGACGGAGCUGGCCAAGGCCAUGCAGGGCAAGCUGACGGACAUGCUCAGCAAGGCGCUGUCGGGCGAGGAGCGCCUGGCGCUCAGCCAGACUCUGUGCCCGGGCGAGCCAGGCACCGUCUUCAGCCAGCCUGUGUCACAUGUGUCCCCGAGGCCUGCCACCACCCUCCCCAAGGCGCCCUCGACGCUGGCCGGAAGCAGAAUGACCAUGCCGUCGGCCCCCAGGGCGGUGGACUGCCGAGUGGGCCAGUCGCAGUCAUGGGGCGCUGCAGUGAGCCCCUCAGGGAGGCUGCCAUCCCGCAAGGGCCCUGUGGAUGCUGGUGUGGCCGGCUGCCCCUCGUGGAACCCUGCGGCUGCCGUGGUGACAAGCAGGCCCAUGGACCGCUCCGUGGCUCUUGGUGGUAGCAGCAGGGAGCUUGCCAUGGGUCGGUGGGCCCCCGUAGGCAGCAUGGCGGACACCAGGCAGCCCGGCACACUGAUGGUGUCAGUGCAGGCGAUGGAGAAGAUGGUCGUCCAGGCGGUGGUGAUCAUCCAAGCUUGUGCCCGUGGCUACCUGGUGCGGCGUGCCAUCAAGGUGUGGCACCAGUGGGCCACCGUGAUCCAAGCCACGUGGCGUGGCCACCGCGUGCGGCGGAACCUGGCACAGCUCUACAGAGCCACCAUCAUCAUCCAGGCCGCAUGGAGAGGCUACUGUACCCGCCGGGAGCGUGCGCGGCGCCAGCUGCUCCCCAUCAUCUGGGCCGAGCCCACCAGCCACGUGCGCCUGCUUUCCCACCGGCCCCGCACCCACCUCAGCGAGGGCAGGCUGGCCUCGGACCACCGCUGCUUCCUGUCCUGCCAGCCUGAUGUCUGCAGUCUGUGCCAGGCACUGAGCCCGGGGCUGCCUGCGCCCCCCAGUGUGGUGAUGCUGGUGGGCUCCAGUCCCCGCACCUGCCACAUGUGUGGCCACACAUUGGCCACGCGCGUAGUGCAGGGCAUGGGCCGCAGCGUGCACGGCCAGGAUGCCAAGCCCUGGGCCUGGGCCUCCACACAGGGGAGCCUGCAGCUCUGCAAUCAAAACAGAGCAGCCACCGCCAUCCAGUCAGCCUGGCGCGGUUUCCGGACCCGUUGCCUGCUCAGGCGGCAGCAGGUGGCAGCCAAGGUCCUCCAGUCCACAUGGCGUGGCCACUACACACGCUCCUGCCUCACCACAGACGCAUUGCUGGGCCUGCCUGGCCAGUGGAAUGCACCCAGCCGUGCCCUGCCCCAUGCUUCACGCUGGCCUGGUGUCUAG